UUAUAGUUCAAAUUUGGUUCAAUAUAAAUAAUGUUGAUUUACAAGUGAAUUCAUCUGAUCCAUAUUAUUUAAUCAUUAUGGAAUAUUUCAUUGAUCAGCGAAAGUAUUUUUGUUUGAUUCUGUUGCACAUCAACGCAGUAAUUUACAUCGGAUUAAUUACAAUGUUGGGAAUAGGUAUUAUGCUCAUUACAUAUUUUAAGCAUAUCUGUGGAAUGUUGAGAAUUGCUAGCUAUCGUAUCGAGCGUGCAAUAAAUAUCGAUAUUUUAACAAAUUUUACGCUAAAAAACAAGAUUUGGAUGAUUGAAGGUAUAAUUUGUGCUGUGGAUACUCAUCGGCAAGCUAUGAAAUUAUGCCUAAAUUUUCUAUCCACAUUCGAGGUUAUGAUAUUCAUGGUGAUAGGAUGUUUGGUACUUUGCUUUAGCUUCAAUCUGUUCCAACUUUUCCAGAUAGCAGUAUCUACGAACAAUGAAUUUUUACUGCCGGCUGUAUAUACAGUAAUAAGUAUGUUAUACCUAUUUAUAACUAACCUUGUCGGACAGAGCAUAACCAACAAUAAUAAUCAUAUAUUCGAUACUGUCUACAACGUUCAGUGGUAUAGAGCUCCGUUACACAUACAAAAAAUGUUACUGUUCUUAUUACAAAGAGGAUCCAAAGAAUUUACUUUAAAUGUCUGUGGAGUAUUGGACGCAUCUAUAGAAACUUUUGCCAUGGUAAUAUUUUCUAAAAUAUUUCAAAAUAGUAUACAGUGA